AUCGAUUUAGGCUGUUAGAUAAUAUAAUAAUCGACCCGAUGAUAUUAUUUUGCGUUGUAUAGUCGAACGUUAUUACGUGUUAGUAACAUUUUGUACACCGCCUUGUUCAAAUAGAAAAAUGGCUUCAUCGUCAAAAUCUCUUUGUGUGAAUGAUAUUAUAAAUUUGCUGGAAGCAGAUGAGCUGAGUGAAGAUACUAUUUUCUUAGAACCUCCGGAUGAAAAUAUUACUGACGAAGACUCCGAUAACGAUGAACAUACAGGUGAUAUAAACCAUUUACCUGCUAGUGUAUUGAAAGCUAAUGUUAUUUUACCGAAAGAAAUUCUCAACACCGACAAUUAUUACGAAUCAAAAAAAAAAAAAGUUGUGACUACAAAAAAAAAUCGGGUUGUAGUGGGCAUGAAAAAAAGUCAAAAAGAUUCAUCUCAAAUUUGGCGUGAAGGAGAUUUAGAGACUCCUAAAAUAACAGAGCUUUGGGGUCCAGAUGAAAACAGUAAAAUAAAAUAUGGCUCACUUGCGCCAUUUGAACUUUUUGAAUUAUUUUUCGAUGAUCAAGUUUUUGAUUCUAUUGCCCCUGAUACAAAUAAUGGUUUAGUGUCCAAUGCUAUGAGGCGAAAUAGAUUUGACGAUAUAUUUCAUAAUCUUCACUUUUCAAACAACAACAACUUGGAUAAUUCUGAUAAAUAUGCAAAAAUAAGACCGUUGAUUACUAUGAUAAAUACUAGAUUCCUAAUGCACGCUCCUCACGAAGAAUUUCAUAGCAUAGAUGAAUCCAUGGUGCCAUAUUAUGGUAAACAUGGAUGCAAACAAUUUGUCCGAGGAAAACCAAUUCGUUUUGGAUUUAAAGUGUGGGUUGGGACAUUGCGUCUAGGAUAUGCAUUAUGGAUCUCUCCUUACCAAGGAAAAAAUACCGGGUUCAACCAAACAGAUGUCGGAUUAGGAGGAUCUGUUAUUUUAGCUUAUGCUAACCAAAUUAUAAACCAUCGACCUGCUCCAUAUCAUUUGGUGUUUGACAAUUUUUUUACGGGUGUCACUCUUUUGGAAAAGCUCAAAUCUAUCAACAUUCGCGCGACAGGUACAAUUCGGUCAAACAGAGUUAUGAAAUGUCCAAUUGAUUUUGGAAAAAUGAAAAAACAACCAAGAGGGUCUAGCUGUAGUUUUGUUUCAAAUAAUGCAAUUUUUAUUUGCUGUUGGCGUGAUAAUAACAUUGUUUGCUUAGCUUCAAAUACUAUUGGGACAGAUCCUAUUUCUGUGGCAAACCGUUGGUCUACUUCCGAAAAAAAAAGAUUACGGAUUUCACAACCAAAUAUCGUUUCUGUUUAUAACAAAAAUAUGGGUGGUGUAGAUCGAAUGGACCAAAAUAUAUCACAAUAUCGUAUUGGGAUCAGAGGUAAAAAAUGGUACUCUUCUAUUGUUCUAUAUAUUAUAGACUUAGCCGUUCAAAAUGCAUGGCAGCUUCAUAGGAUGUAUAAUAAAAAUAAAAUGGAUCAAUUGGCAUUUCGAAGAAGCAUAGUUAUUUCAUAUCUGACACGUUACAAGACAGAACCCACUCCAGGAAGAAGUGGAGGCAAACCAUCCAGUGUUAUUAUGGAAAUAAGAUAUGACAAAUUUGAACAUUAUUUGAUUCCCCAAGACUCUCAAACACGGUGUGGUCAAUGUCAUCAAAAAACAACGACAAGAUGUAUGAAGUGCAAUAUUGGUGUCCACGCAAAAUGUAACGUUUUAUAUCACACAAAAUAA